UCGCGGUAUUUGUAUAUUUUUUAGUAAUCGAUUCGUGUUAUUUUUCUGAUAUUUUCUAUAAUAUAUUAUGCGUAUUUUAAAUUCGUGUCUUUUGGAGCUACGCGAGUACAAAAAAGGAAAGGUCCUUUGCCGAAUCAUGAUAAGCAACACCACUACGGAAGGGCAAAUCGCAGAAUCUCAAGGCAUUCAUUGGUUGAACAAAUCGCAUUGGAAAAAAUUUGAUAUAAAAAUGGAUCAGUUGGUUAAUGAGUUUUUUAAUAAAAAGCUGGAAAAAAGUGUACUUGUUGAGGAGUCAUUCAAUAUAAAUCAGGAAAUUGACGUAAAGGUGACAAAUUCUGCAGCAACACUAAAAUCUCUCCUGCAAUUUUUAGGCUAUAUAACGUUUGGAAAAAAUGACAACAUAUUAGCGUUAGACUGUUUAGUGAGCUGCCCAGUUAUGCUAAGUGAAGAUUCUCAACCUACUACUGUUUCGGAGUCUAUUUCUUUGAGCAAAGCUGAUGAUUCGGAAAAGAUGAUGCAUUCUCUAAACACUUCAAUGUCAGACAUCAGUAUUAUUAAUGAAAAUCAAUGUUCCCUAAAAUUAUUUAAAACAGUUGAAAAGAAUAUUUCUUCGGAUUCCAGUGAAGAUUUUAAAACUGCUAAGCUCACAAAGUGUGAAAAGAAUCAUGAAGAGUCACCGAAAGUUAUAAGUUCUCUUGCCAAAAGUAAUAUUACUUUACGUAAGCACAAAACUAGGUCAGGACAAAGCAACGCAAAAUCUUGUCAUGAUGAUAAUGUGGAUUUGCACAAAUACGUGGUGAAAAAAUCGAAAAGAAUCAUGGAAAGGGAAUUUAAAGAGUCUGAAUUAAAAAGGAAGAAUUUUUACGAUUUUCCGCAUUCAUCCGACACGAAAUUGAUAAAUAAAAACACAAAGCGGAGAGAAGCAAUUCAUAAACUAAGAUCUAAAGUUUCUGAUACCGACGCAGAAAGCGAUGACUUUGAUAAGAAGACACCUGUUAAAACUCAGCCAGAAUAUCGGGCAACGUCAUCGCUUAAGAAACGCAAAAAUGUUGAACCCUCAUGCCAGCAGGAGAAACAAUCCACAAGUAAAUGGCUGUCUAAAAAACAGCCGGAGGAACUGAUUCUUGCUAAAACAAAGCCACAGGAAAAUGCCACCAAAAAAACUGUAAACAGCAGUUCUGUAAAAAAUACAAACCGGAUCGUUUAUCCCACAACAGAGGAGAUUGCUGAAAAAGAACACAGGGAAAAGGAGCAGAUGAAAGCCAACAAAAAAAUCAAAUCCAUUUUAGAAGAUCUCAUACAAGUGCCAAAAAAAGUAAAGAUUUUAUCUCUUAACAAUAUGACCGCCGAGGAAAUUUUAAACACUUUCCCAAAGUAUAAGAGCCAAAUCGAUGGAAUUUUUCACGAACUAAAAUCAAAACCAAAAGUAACCGGAUACAAUGGAAUAAACCAUUAUCUGGUUAUUGAAUUGAUUGACAAUGAAAAGCAACUACAGAUGAUGAACAAACUUGGAGAAGUAUAUGAAAAGGAUCCCGACGGUUUAUGCUUGAAUCCUACACUCUUUGCAAAUGCUCUGAUGCCCGAAUGGUUGGUGAAUAUUUUUAAGGAUAAAUACAAAUUUUCAUAUAAUGAAGCAGUAUCCCAUUUAAAUGAGCAACGACAGUAUAUGCAGUAUAUGGAUGUAGAUCAACCUUAUUACUAAGAAAUGCUGGCAUGUACCUUUUACACAAAUUUUUGGACUCCAUUUAUUAGCCUUAAGUGAAAAAAUAAACUUAACUUAACAGACU